GUUCAUUCCUCGAAGGUCAUUUGGGUAGUGCAUUUUAAACGGCAUGUCUUCAGAGUUUGGGUUUGACCUAGAUGAGGUCGCUGCAGCUUUUCAUCCGAAGGAGACGACAUCUGAGACAACAGCUGAACGUACCGAGGCUUUGCAGUCUGAUGAAUUCAAGGAGCGGAGAAAGAAAGCUGAGGAGUCACUCAAGCCGUUAUUGAAUGAAAUUGGGGAACAAGGCUCAGGGACUAGUAGUAGUACUUCUUUGAAACAACCAAAAUUGCUUGUCGGUGGUGUCCUCGACUUGAAUGCGCCUAGAAUCAAAAUAUACAAGGUCAAUUCACCAGCAUCGUGUAAACAUGAGGUGGCUGUUCCUGCAGGUGUAGAGUAUAAACCAUUGACCAAAGCUACUGGUCAACCAGCAAAAACCUACCCCUUCACUCUGGAUGCAUUUCAACAGCAAGCUAUCACUUGCAUUGAUAAUAAUCAGUCGGUACUGCUGUCAGCGCAUACUUCUGCUGGGAAGACAGUUGUGGCGGAGUAUGCGAUAGCAACUGCCUUACGUGAAAAGCAACGUGUCAUUUAUACUACCCCCAUUAAAGCACUCAGCAAUCAAAAGUACCGAGAAUUUUUUGAAGCUUUUCCAGAAGUUGGAUUGUUAACCGGGGAUGCUUCAAUCAAUCCUAGUGCUAGUGUAUUGAUUAUGACAACGGAAAUCCUUCAAUCGAUGUUGUACAAAGGUGCUUCAAUGAUGCGAGAAGUUGGCUGGGUUAUAUUCGAUGAAAUCCAUUAUAUGCGUGAUCCUGAACGUGGAGUUGUCUGGGAAGAGACUAUAGUACUUCUACCGGAUAAUGUUCGUUUUGUCUUUCUUAGCGCCACAAUUCCUAAUGCUCGACAGUUUGCCGAGUGGAUCGCGCAUCUUCAUCAUCAACCAUGUCAUGUUGUUUCUUCUGAAUAUCGUCCUGUACCUUUACGUCAUUAUUUGUAUCCUGCUGGCAGUGAAGGCCUAUUUCUUGUAUUAGAUGAGGGGAAAUACAUCGAAGAAAACUUUGAAAGAGCAAUGCGCUCAUUCACAACAUCUGAACCAUCAACAAGCAGUGGUAAAAGAGGUCGCGAACAAAAUGCACGCUCCGGGAACGAUGUGAUUCAAAUAGUUCAGCUGGUGAAACAUCGCAGUCUAGAACCGAUUAUUGUAUUUAGUUUCAGUAAAAAAGAAUGCGAAAUCUAUGCCCUACAACUAGCUGAAUUCGAUUUCACUACUGAUGCUGAGAAGGAAAUCACAGAAGAGGUAUUUCGCAAUGCUACAGAUGGUCUUUCACCGGAAGAUCGUGCAUUACCACAAGUGGAAAGUAUCCUACCCUUACUGAAACGUGGUAUUGGCAUUCAUCAUGGGGGUUUGCUACCUUUGUUAAAGGAAAUAACAGAAAUAUUAUUUUCGGAGAAUUUAAUUAAGUGUCUCUUCGCUACUGAAACCUUCGCUAUGGGUUUGAAUAUGCCAGCCAGAACGGUCUUGUUUACAUCAGCACGGAAAUACGAUGGAAAAUCUUAUCGUUGGAUAACCUCUGGUGAAUAUAUCCAAAUGUCUGGUCGUGCUGGUCGUCGUGGUAAAGAUGUCAGCGGCACGGUAAUCCUAAUGGUUGAUGAAUCGUUGAGCAGUGAAGUAGCCCAUCGGAUAAUGAUGGGUCCAGCGCCACCACUCAAUUCAGCCUUUCAUAUCACGUAUAAUAUGCUGUUGAAUUUACUGCGUGUCGAAGAAAUCAAUCCUGAAUUUAUGAUGGAGAAAAGUUUUUGUCAAUUUCAAAAUUAUGCCAGUCUACCGGAAAUAUCUCAAGAAUUGACUGAACUACGCACAAUGUAUGAAUCGAUGGCUGUCGAAGAUGAAGAGUCCGUUGAAUCCUACCAUCAGAUUAAAUCGUGUUUAAAUGAUUUAGUUUCACAACAAUGGCAGUAUAUACGACGUCCACAGUAUAUUGUACCGUUUCUGCAACCAGGACGUCUUGUUAAAGUUACUGUUGACUCCGUUUCGUAUGGAUGGGGUGUAGCGAUCAAUUUAAAGAAACGUCAGUGUAUCGAUCGAUCAUCGAGACCUGAUUCCUUUUAUAUCUUGGACUGUUUAUUAUGCUGCGGCUCGAAACAAGAGAAAAGUGAUCCAAUUUCUACAAAACCUGAAGAAGGCCUGAAUUCACAAACUGCCAAUGCGAGUGUCAAUGAUGGCAGUAAUUCAGAAAAACCCGGUGAUGGGAACACUGAUACAUCAGGAAUGGCGCCUGGUAGUAGUAGCAGUGCUGAUAUUCAAUCAACAUCCCCUGAGAUAAUCCCAAUCAAGUUGGAUUGUAUUGUUGGCAUUAGUGCUAUCCGCUUAGUCCUGCCAAAUGAUCUCCGAUUGAAACAAGCUAAACAAGAGGUUUAUGGUUCAAUAAAAAAUGUUGAAGCUCUCAUGAAUGGUAAACUACCGAUGCUAGAUCCUGUGAAAGAUAUGAAUAUUACUGAUCCGAAAUUCACUGAAAUCAAUGAGAAAGUCGAUGCUUUUCAAGAACGUUUACAACAUCAUUGGUUACACGAUGAUCCUCGUCUUCCUGAAUUGCUUAAAGUCUAUGAAAAGAAAGAAGAAAUGCGUAAACGUAUGGACACGUUGACGACAACAUUGAAUAGUAAGGUUUCAUUGAUCCAACUGGAAGAAUUAUCUGCACGUAAACGUAUACUGAGACGAUUGAAUUUUGUAUCUGAACAUGAUGUAGUUCAAUUAAAAGGUUUUGUAGCCUGUGAAAUCACAUCAGCUGAUGAAUUGCUGUUAACUGAACUGCUCUUCGAUGGAGUAUUUAAUCGGUUGUCAGCUGAGCAUACAGCAGCACUACUCUCGUGUUUUGUAGUCAGUGAGAGAACUGGAAAAGUGCCGACAUUGACUAAAGAAUUAGCUGAUGCAUUGCAUACAUUACAAGAUACAGCUAGACAUAUCGCUCGUGUUAGUAAUGAAUGUCGUCUGACAAUCGAUGAAGAGAACUAUGUCGAUUCAUUUAAACCGCAUUUUAUGGAUCUUGUUGAUUCUUGGGCAAAAGGCGCGACAUUCUCUGAAAUUUGUAUUAUGACAGAUCAAUUCGAAGGGACAAUUAUUCGUACACUGAGGAUGCUUGAAGAGCUGUUGAGACAAAUGGCUAAUGCUUCUCGGACGAUUGGCAGCACGGCUCUAGAGAAGAAGUUUCUUGAAGCUAUUGAAAAGAUCAAACGAGAUAUCGUUUUUGCCGCCAGCCUUUAUCUUUAAUGUUGUAAAAAACCCCCAGGAAAACCCCCUCUAGCCACAAAGUUCAAAUAUUCUCUCCUAUUUUUACAGUCUUGUUGUUAUGUUAUGUUCUGAGAAAUAAAAAAUAAACCUGUUACUGAUAAAUACAAAACAAACAAAAUCACCUUCUAAUAUUCAAU